GCUGCACACCCAGCUGCGUGCCCGAGGAUGCUGCACCUGAAAGUCCAGUUCCUGGAUGAUUCCCAGAAGAUCUUUGUAGUUGAUCAAAAAUCCUGUGGGAAAGGGCUCUUCAACCUCACCUGCAGCCACCUCAACCUUGUGGAGAAGGAGUACUUUGGGCUGGAGUUUCACAGCCAGGCUGGGAACCAGGUCUGGUUGGAACCACUAAAACCCAUAACGAAGCAAGUCAAAAAUCCUAAGGAGGUUCUUUUCAAAUUUAUGGUGAAAUUUUUCCCAGUGGACCCCGGCCACCUGAGAGAAGAACUGACCAGGUACCUCUUCACCCUGCAGAUCAAGAAGGACCUGGCACAGGGGCGGCUGCCCUGCAGCGACAAGAGCGCGGCGCUGCUCGUCUCGCACCUGCUGCAGUGUAAGGGCAAGCGAGCCCGCGGGGCCAGCCCAUCCCCGCACGGACGGGCUUUGGCUGAGCAGCCAGGGCUCCCCCUGGCCCCCUCACACCUAACCCCUGCUCUCCCGUGUCCCAAAGCCGAGCUGGGCGACUUCCACGAGGAGACAGACCAGCAGCACCUGGCCACGCACAGGUACCUGCCCAACCAGGAGUACCUGGACAACAAGAUCCUGCACUACCACCGCAGGCACAGGGGGAAGACGCCGGCCGAGUCGGACGCCCAGCUGCUGGACGUGGCCAGGAGGCUGGAGAUGUACGGGAUCCGCCCGCACCCCGCCAGCGACGGCGAGGGGACACAGAUCAACCUGGCCGUGACACACAUGGGCGUGCUGGUGCUGCGGGGCAAUACAAAGAUCAACACCUUCAACUGGUCCAAAAUUCGCAAACUGAGUUUCAAGAGGAAGCAUUUUCUCAUCAAGCUCCAUGCAAACAUCUCUGCACUGUGCAAGGACACGCUGGAGUUCACUAUGGCCAGCCGGGACACCUGCAAGGCCUUCUGGAAGACGUGUGUGGAGUACCACGCCUUCUUCAGACUCUCUGAAGAGCCCAAGUCAAAGCCCAAAGCCCUUCUGUGCAGCAAAGGAUCCAGCUUCCGCUACAGUGGGAGGACUCAGCGGCAGCUGCUGGAGCACGGGAGGAAGGCCAAGAUGAAGAGCCUGCCCUUCGAGAGGAAACACUACACAUCCCGCUACGAUGAGAGGCAGUGCCGCUCCUCCCCAGACCUCCUGACGGAUGUAUCAAAGCAGGUGGAGGAGCUGCGCCUGGCCUACGGCAGCCGGGGCUCGUACCAUGCCAACGGAGUGCACGGCUCCGAGCCCACCCUGGACAGCCGGCGCCGCAGCUCCACCGUGGAGGUGACGUUCGCCGCCGAGCUGGAGCGCUCCAAGCCCGAAGCAUCCCCCACCUUCCUGCCCCACUCCAAAAGCUCGUCUGCCUUCCCCCUCCUCUAUGCCGAGCUGGAGAUGGAGCGGGCCUGGGAGCCCAUCGACCUCUUCGGAGCCAGGAAUCCCUUGACAUCCUUUCGGCCCCACCAGUUUGCUGGGAACAGUAAAAGCACCUCUGUGGGCAACAUGCGGGAAGUGAGCGCCCGGCAGCUGGUGUACAUGGAUGUGCCCUGUCCCCUGCCCGUGGUGGCCCCGGCCCCCCCUGUGCUCUGUCUGGACAGGGCACUGCAGUCCCCAUGCCCUGCACUGGCCCUGGGCGAGGACACAGCAGGAGCAGCUGGUGCAAGUGGCCCUGUGGCAGCAAAACCCCCCCGGCAGAGCCCGAGCGGGACCCGGGCCGGGCAGUUCCACGGUGAGGCUGCAGGCACAGCCAUGGGCAUGAGCGUGGCGGGGGAGAACAGGUCACUGGCUCGCUCCUUCGAUUACGGCCUUCAGGAGCAGCCUCCCAAGCGGUCUUGGAGCCAGUCGGACAUGAAAACCAUCCGCUUCCCCUACGGCUCCGAGUUCAGGCCCCUGGGGCCGUGCCCUGCCCUGAGCAGCCGCAAAGGGGGGGUUUUCUGGCACGUCCCAGCCCAGCGUGGGCUGGCUCCGGGGCCGCGGCGCUCCACCGAGCGCUACCUGGGCAGCAGCACCGAGUCCAGCGACUCCGACUCGGACCUGCUGGCCGCCGACUACUGCUCCCUGUACGGCCGCGUGCUGCGCUCACCCAUGGCCCGCGUGCGGCUCUCCUCGGGCAGCCUCCAGCUGGAUGAGGAGGAUGAGGAGGUGUCCUUUGCCACCAGUGCUGCUGAAGAGAGGAUUUCCAGAGGGGCCUCCAAAUAUUUCACCUAG